AUGAGUCACAGUCUCACGUCGUACGCGAGCGAUGAAGGCCGCUCUAUAUUGACGCUCUACAUCGACUAUCGCGGAGAUAAAAUGUCAAUAAUUGUGAUAUUAAGUAAAAUCUUUGUUGGUUUAUUGACAGCAUAUUUAGUUGACAGUUUCGCGUUGCCUUUCGAGGGAUUGUAUAAAUUGGACAUAAUACAUUACAACGACUUUCACGCAAGGUAUGAGGAAACUUCAGUCGAAACACCAACAUGUCGAUUCAACAAUGGCUCCUGCUUGGGCGGGUUCCCGCGUCUUUACAACGAGAUAAUGGAGUUGAGGCGGCAGAAGCCCGACUCCCUGCUGCUAAAUGCCGGUGACAGCUUCCAGGGCACGUAUUGGUACACAUUGCUCAAGUGGAACAUCACCCAGGAGUUCAUGAAUCUUUUGCCACACGACGCACAUGCAGUUGGCAAUCACGAGUUUGACGAUGGUCCCGAGGGUCUGGCGCCUUACUUCGCGGCGUUAAAGGCGCCUGUGGUAGCUGCCAACAUGGACGUCAGCAAGGAGCCAUCCCUUCAAGGACUCUUCAAACGCCACGUUAUCGUAAAGCGUAAAGGAAGAAAAAUCGGCAUUAUCGGAUUAAUAACAACCGACACAAAAACACUAUCAUCACCAGGAAACGUUGUUUUCACUGAUCCGAUGGAAGCGACAGAUCGUGAAGUAGAAAUAUUGACUGAGAAGGGAGUAGAUAUCAUAAUUAUACUCUCACAUUGUGGCCUUGACAUUGAUAAACAGAUAGCAAAUAAGCACGGCAAGCAUGUUGACAUCAUAGUUGGGGGACACUCGCAUUCUUUAUUAUGGAAUGGUCCGUCGCCAAGUGGUGAGGACGUGGCAGGCCCUUAUCCAGUUUUCAUUGAAACCACCGAUGACAAGAAGCAUCAGGUACUGAUUGUGCAAGCAUCAGCCUUCACCAAAUAUAUGGGCAAUUUGACCGUGUACUUCGAUUAUCUGGGGCGCUACGUCAAGUGGGACGGCGGACCGGUGUUCCUUGAUCGAUCUAUCCCUGAAGACCCAGAAAUAAAGAAGAAGCUGAUACCGUACGCAAAACUUGUCCAUGACGCUGAGAACGUGCCAAUAGGAAAGUCAUUGAAUGAUUUGCGGUUUCAGGAUUGCGUGUUCGGCGAAUGCGCCUUGGGCGAUUUGUUGGUUGAUGCAUUAGUAGAUUAUGCUAAGGCUAAUAUUAAAACUGACUAUAAUUAUCUGGCGUUCAUACAACGUGGUAAUAUCAAGUCAUGUAUACCAAAUGGGGAAGUCACUAAAGGAACUAUAUUUGAUUUGCUCCCAUUUAACGAUCGCAUUGAGACCUUCGAACUGCAAGGGAACUACUUACGUGAAGCCCUUGAAAGAAGUGUGAGCGACGCCUGGGAUACUAACCCUUUCAAAGGCCCAUGGGUGCUUCAAGUUUCCGGUCUGAAUGUGACGUACAACAUAUCAAUGCCCGAAGGACAGCGCAUUGUGAAAGUGACCAUUGGCGAUGGCAGCGAGUUAAACGAUGAUGCAUAUUACCAAGUCACUGCACCAGCUUAUUUGGCCGACGGCGGUGACGGUUUCUUGAUGUUUAAAGCGGGAAAGAGAAACGUAAAGGUUAUUGGACGCGAUGAAAAGACAAUUGGUAAUCACGAUUUUGAUGAUGGACCACUGGGUUUGGCCCCUUACCUCUCGUCUCUCAAGGCACCUGUUGUGGCGGCUAACAUGAAAUCCAACAAGGAGCCAUUAUUGCAGAAACUCUAUGACCCAUACGUAAUCCUGGAACGCGGUGCAAGAAAGAUAGGAAUAAUUGGACUAAUUACCCCUGAUACUAAAACAUUAUCCUUCACGGGAAACGUAGAGUUCACUGACCCUCACGAGGCUACAAUACAUGAAGCACAAAAGUUAACGAAGUUGGGAGUGGACAUUAUAGUUCUACUAUCUCAUUGCGGUUAUGAUGUGGAUGUCGCACUGGCCCGUGAACAUGGUCAAUAUGUUGACGUGAUUGUCGGUGGCCAUUCUCAUAGGGACGAAUCAUUCGUUAAACCGUAUCUUACGAUUAUUAAGCCUGACGCUGACAAGAAGAAACAGGUUGUCGUGGUUCAGGCUUUUGCCUUUACGAAAAUUUUAGGCAAUCUUUCGGUGUUCUUCGAUGUUAAUGGGAACGUCGUGGAAUGGGAAGGAGCACCAAUUACUCUGGACAAAUCUAUACCUGAAGACGGGGCGAUUAAGGAGAAAUUAGCACCGUACGCAGAUUUAGUCCAUAAAGCUGAAAAUAUGCCCGUUGGUGAAAUAAAAUCUACCCUCGAUUAUCGUGACUGCGCACGCGGAGAGUGCAAGCUGGGAAAUCUGCUGACCGACGCUCUUAAUCAUUGGACAAGACAAAUAAUUAAGAGCAAAUACGACUGCAUUUCGUUUGUUCAGCGCAGUAAUAUCAACGCUAUCUUGCCCCAAGGACAGACAUUCGAGAUGAAAGGAAAACAUAUUUUAAAGAUAUUAGAAAGAAGUGUAACAGAUCUGUCUUCGCUCGAUCCUGUGGAAGGCCCUUGGAUAUUACAAGUUUCCGAG